GCCAUCGCGACAUUUACUUCGCGAACCAGCAGAAAACACCCUCCCCCGACGCACCGAACUGUUCUCCGCCCGGCUGCGACUCGAAGAAUAUGUCGCGCACACUUGUAUCAUUCAGUCGGAGGGCGCCCGCGCUGCUCGCGAGCAGGCUGGUCAGAUUCAGCAGCACAGAAGCGACCCCGAGCCCGCCACAGUCCUUCAAGACCCUGCUCGACGCCCUCUACACUAAGACCACGAAACGCGUGAUCGAGACCGACGUUGCCUCGGGCCAGCUUGCGCAGGAAAUCCUCCUGCGGCGCUCGAUGGGCAAGAAGCUCACAGAGGAAGAUCGCGUGCUCGAGAACAACGGACGCAAAAGAGUUAUUGAAGCACGACCUGCUUCGCAAAAAGAGGUUACCGCGCUGAUCAAGGCAAUUGAGCACAAGAGCGAUAUCGAUGGGCUCGUGGCGCUCAUAGGUCGUCUGGGAAAACAGAAAAGGGGAUACCGCACCCCGGACUGGCAGUCGGCCUUACUCUUCCGACACCUGGUCCUGAAGGGGUUUUACCCAGAGGCCACCCGGCUUAUGAACACCCCCCGCGAGCAUAACUUCUCUCGUGGCCCCGAGACCCGGCACGAGCUCCUUCGAACAUACGCAAUCCAUCUCCGACUGGCCGAGCACUCUGUCUCAAGCACGGGAACCGUCGCUCGCCGUUUCGAGCGCUACGUCAAUGACCCGCUCUACAACGGACUUGCUAUCGCCUCGCUCGGAGCCAUCAUGCACAACACUUCCUAUUAUAUCCCUGCCCACCUGCCCAUCCAGCACGCUGCAGCCGUCAAGAAAUUCACCGAGCUUCUCGGAGGAGCUGUCGACGAGCACCCAAUAUCAACGCCUGUGAGCUCAAUCAAGUCGUUUACCAACAAUCAGCUGAUUGCGCUAGAGCGCUUGCUCGUUGACUUUGAACUCACCCACCAAGGACUCGUCAAGACCCGCGAGGUCAUUGAUCAGUCUGACGCGGAGCUUCUGAAGCUCAACAGCAAACUCACUUCUCUGUUUGAGACUAAACAGAGGGAGCUCCGCGAGGCGUUGGCUGCCCGUGCUCAGUUCUUGGGCCGAGCCAACUUCACCAGUUGGACGCUGGAAAAGUACGAGGAAGCACUGAGUCGCCGGGCACCUGCAUCUGAAGAGCCUGAAGCGGAAGAGGCUGAGGCGUAGGUUGCUCAUGGCAAUUGAUGAGGAGAUUGUAAAAAUAACUACGUAUCAUACUACUUGUAUAUAUCCUUCUUUCAGAAU